AUGGACAACGAGAUUUACGUGCGACAUGGCAACGACCAUUUCUCUUUUCAGACUCAACUCUACCCAAUACCACAAUUCACUGAAGCAAUCUCUUGUCCACAGACUGACCCAUUCGUCUAUAUGCCAAUGUUGAGAGAUUGUGGUGACACCUCUUCAUCAUCCACUUCGUCCCCACCUCAUCAUCCAACAAAUUACAAUUUUCCAAUAAACAAGAGACGAAUCUCGACGAGAAGACGGAAAGCCGCGAAUGAUCGAGAAAGGAAACGAAUGAGGAGCAUUAACCACGGUUUUGAAUCUUUGCGAUGCCAUCUACCGGAGACACCAUUUGAGAAGAAAUUAUCAAAAGUGGACACAUUGAAGCAAGCGAUCGCCUAUAUUCAGGGGUUGAGCGAUCUGCUCGAAGCUCACGCCGUCCCACUGCCCACCCAAAUCCCGCCCGUUCUUCGAGUCGCUCAGUACGAUCAAAAAACAGGAACUCGUUCGAUCGUGGAAAUGACAUGGCGAACCGACAGUGAUCAAUACAGUCGAUCUUUUCGACUUUCCGAUGGGAGAAAGAUUGCUAAGCAAAGCGCCGUGUGGACGCCAAGCAUAGAAACGUUUGAGAAUCUGAUCAAAAUGAAAAGUGAAUCA